AUGCCCGGAUGGUGCUGGAGAGAGGGCAAGGCUCACCAUGUCAUCCAUCAAAUUCAACUCAAGGUGGCAAACAGCUAUGGCGAGUUCGAAGGCAAGGUGGUGGCUGACCUCGGCUGUGGAACGGGAAUGCUGGCCAUAGGCGCUGCAGCCCUGGGCGCUGGCCAGGUACUGGCGUUUGACCUGGACCAGGACGCUCUGGAGACCGCUCAGGAGAACGUGCGCGGCAUCUUUGGCGACAGCGACGACGAGGCAGACGAUGACGGGGCGGCACAGAUCGAGUUUGUGCGGUCAGAUGUGCGGCUGCUGGCGGAGCAGCAGCCCAGGCUGCAUGUGGACACCGUGAUCAUGAACCCGCCCUUUGGCACCAGACAAAAAGGGGUCGACAUGGACUUCCUCAGGGCAGCGGCGGGCAUCGCCGGCACCAGCGUGUACUCUCUGCACAAGACGUCGACGCGCGACUUCAUCCAAAAGUUUGCGGUCAAGACCCUGGGCCUGGCCACUGGGGCGGCGACUGUCGUGGCGCAGCUGCGCUACGACCUGCCGCCCACCUACGCCUUUCACAGGCUAAAGUCCAAGGACAUAGAGGUCGACCUGUGGCGGUUCCAGAUGAGCUGA